AUGGGCGAUGCCUUGCCAACAGUGGAUUUGGGGCUGAAGCUGGCCGUGACGGUGGUGGCGGGUGGCACGCACACAUGUGCCAUCCUUGACGAUCUCACCGUGAAGUGCUGGGGUUCGAACACCUAUGGCCAGCUGGGUUUGGGCGACAAUUCUGCCCGAGGUAACCAAGCAAGUGAACUAGGUGACGUCUUACCCCCUGUGGACCUUGGCAGUGGGAAUUUGGUGAUCGAAGUAGCAGCUGGUUAUUUUCAUACCUGUGCACGGCUUUUUGACAACACGACCAAAUGCUGGGGUCGCAACGAUUACGGCCAGCUGGGGGUGGGUGACACCACCAACAGGGGCGAUGCCACAGGCCAGAUGAGCGAUGAGCUGCCCAGUGUGGACGUGGGCACCGGGCGUUCGGUGCUGGGUUUGGCAGUUGGAGAUCUGCACACCUGCGCGUUGUUGGACGACGCAUCCGUGAAAUGUUGGGGCUCCGCCUCGGAUGGCCAGCUCGGGUAUGAAAGCACCUACGGACGGGGGCACAAGGCAGAGGAGCUGGGAGACCACCUGCCCGUCGUGGAUGUCGGGACGGGCAAAAGUGUGUUGCAGAUCGUGGCCGGCGACUCUCACACCUGUGCUCUUUUGGACGACGGCACGGCCAAGUGCUGGGGCAAGAAUGGGUUGGGCAAUCUUGGCCUCGGAGACAAUACCAACAGAGGUGAUGCGGCUGGUCAGAUGGGGGACAAUCUACCCGCAGUGGAUUUAGGAUCUGGGCGGAGUGUUAUCUCGCUGGAUGCCGGCGGCGAGCACACCUGUGCACUUCUGGAUAACUUUGAACUGAAGUGUUGGGGCUACAAUGCCUAUGGGCAACUGGGCCUGGGAGAUGUCUCUACAAGGGGAUACCUCUCAAACUCCAUGGGGGACAACUUGCCCAGCCUUGAUUUGGGUUCCGGAGCAGUGAUCAUGACUUUGAGCGUAGGGCUUUAUCAUACCUGCACAGGGCUGGGUGAUGCUAGCAUCAAGUGUUGGGGCUACAAUUCAGAUGGCCAGUUGGGUUUGGGUGACACGGCCAACCGUGGCGACGACAGCAGUGAGAUGGGAAGCUACCUGCCUUCCGUUGUCCUCCAGGGGGUUGUCACGUCAACGAGCAUCACCAGCACCAGCACGACUGCCACAAUUUCCACGAGCACAACCUUCACUGUCACCAGCAGCGAAACCACCAGCACUGCAUCUGUAACAUCAACAGACACCAUGACAAUCACCAGCAGCACGAGUGCUACAGAUUCUACGACUACAACCAUCAGUAUCACGACGACCGUGACAGAGACCACUACGACUACCAGCAGUGCGACUGCCACAGUCUCUACGAGCUCAAGCAGCUCAAGCAGCCGCACGACCACGAGUAUGACUGCGACAGUGACGCAGACCACUACGACUUCGGCCACCAGCAGUGAGAGUACCACAGUUUCCCUCAGCUCAACCAGCCACACAGCCACGGUGUCGGAGACAACUACCAGGAGCACGUCUCUGACCGUCACGCGCUCUUCGACAGGAACCACCUCUUCAACAAGCAGUCUCACCACGGGUACCAGCACCUCCUCCUCCAGCGCACUUGCCGGAUCGGCGCAGGACUUGGAUUCGCAUGCUGGUGAGUAG